ACAGACCUCUGUCCAUCCAGCGUGUGUCUCUGCAGAGCAGAGUGUCCAUCUCCUGCCCUAACAUGUCAGGGGAGGAGCUGAGGUUCCACCUGUCUGUGAACCAGUGCCUCGUUCACACCACACUGCUCCAGAAGAACCAGAGCCACACCAGAACCAACCAACCAGACACCUGGGCCCAGUUCUUUCUAGUUGACCAAAAUCUGAACCAGAACUUGACCAACCGCUAUGUGUUCACGGUCAACAGCACAGGCGUGUACACCUGCAGAGCAGAAAGGAUGUGGUCUCCGCCUUAUCAAGAGGACUCUGUUCACACUCUAUUGAUUGAAGAGAAGCAGUGUCUGACACACCGAGAUCCACUGGCCAAUCAAGAUCAAGAUCUGCUGGCCAACCAGAAUUGUACAGAGGUUCCUAAACACCUCCCACUGUGUCCAUUAUUGGUGGGAUGUGGGGCUCUCUACAGCAUCAUCAUCACCAUCAUCACCAUCGUCAUCUGGAGGAAACUGAAGAAGGAAGUGUCUGAAAGGAGUGACUACGUGAACAUUAAGCCUGGAGAGAAGACAGGGCCUAAGAGAAUCCAGCAUCCAGUCACCAGGAGAUUCUGAUUCUGGCCUUCCUAUGGAUGUGUACCUGAUGACACCCUAUUCUCUAUGGGAAAAAUAUCAUCUCCCAAAAAUGCUAACCUUCCCUGUUAUUGUAAUGGUGAGAGGUUAGCAUGUGUUGGGGGUAUGAAAUAUAAUCCUAACCUCCCCUGUUAUUGUAAUGGUGAGAGGUUAGCAUGUGUUGGGGGUAUGAAAUAUAAUCCUAACCUCCCCUGUUAUUGUAAUGGUGAGAGGUUAGCAUGUCUUGGUGGUAUGAUAUAAAAUGCUAA